UUGAUUGGCUAGACUAUUCUGGAACGUUCCAAGCUGCGUCAUAUCCGCCGGCGUUACAACCUCGUGCUAGUUACAAUAAAGAAACAACCGAGGACAGACGAACUAUAAAAGACUCAUAUUUUUUUUCAAUUUGACAUAUUUUACUUACAGAAUGGCUAAGGCUCCAGCAGUUGGUAUUGAUCUGGGAACAACCUACUCCUGCGUCGGAGUGUUCCAGCAUGGCAAGGUCGAAAUCAUCGCCAAUGACCAGGGAAACCGAACCACACCCAGUUAUGUGGCCUUCACAGACACCGAGCGACUGAUCGGUGAUGCUGCCAAGAACCAGGUUGCCAUGAACCCAGUUAACACCAUCUUUGAUGCCAAGAGAUUAAUUGGCCGUAAAUUUGAGGAUGCAACUGUCCAGUCUGACAUGAAACAUUGGCCGUUCCUGGUUGUUAGUGAUGGUGGAAAGCCAAAACUGAGGGUCGAUUACAAGGGAGAGCAGAAAACAUUUUUCCCGGAAGAGGUUUCCUCAAUGGUUCUACUGAAGAUGAAGGAAACUGCAGAGGCUUUCCUUGGAAAGACAGUUACAAAUGCUGUGAUCACUGUGCCAGCCUACUUCAAUGACUCUCAAAGGCAGGCAACCAAGGAUGCUGGAACCAUCUCUGGAAUGAACAUCCUGCGUAUCAUCAAUGAACCCACAGCUGCUGCCAUUGCAUAUGGUCUGGACAAGAAGCAGCAAAUGGGAGAGGCUGGUGGUGAGAGAAAUGUACUCAUCUUCGACUUGGGUGGUGGUACUUUUGAUGUGUCUAUCCUGACCAUUGAGGACGGAAUCUUUGAAGUGAAGUCCACAUCUGGGGACACCCACUUGGGCGGAGAAGACUUUGACAACCGCAUGGUUAACCAUUUUACCUCAGAGUUCAAGCGCAAACACAAGAAGGACAUGAGUGACAACAAGCGUGCUGUUCGUCGUCUCAGAACUGCCUGUGAAAGAGCAAAGAGAACUCUGUCCUCCAGCACCCAGGCUAGCAUCGAGAUCGAUUCUCUCUAUGAAGGAAUUGACUUUUACACCAGCAUCACAAGAGCUCGUUUCGAAGAGCUGAACGCCGACCUUUUCAGAGGGACCCUGGAACCUGUAGAGAAGUCUAUGCGUGAUGCAAAGAUGGACAAGGGUCAAAUCCAUGACAUUGUGCUGGUUGGAGGCUCUACCCGUAUUCCCAAGAUCCAGAAACUUCUGCAGGAUUUCUUCAAUGGCAAGGAGCUUAACAAGAGCAUCAACCCUGAUGAGGCUGUUGCCUACGGAGCAGCUGUACAGGCUGCCAUCCUGCACGGAGACAAGUCUGAGGAGGUCCAGGACCUACUUCUUCUGGAUGUCACACCCCUGUCUCUCGGUAUUGAGACUGCUGGCGGUGUGAUGACUUCCCUCAUCAAGAGAAACACGACCAUUCCAACCAAACAGACCCAGACCUUCACUACAUACUCCGACAACCAGCCGGGUGUAUUGAUUCAGGUAUAUGAGGGUGAACGUGCAAUGACCCGUGAUAACAACCUUCUGGGCAAGUUUGAGUUGACUGGUAUUCCACCUGCACCAAGAGGAGUCCCCCAGAUUGAGGUCACCUUCGACAUCGAUGCCAACGGUAUCCUCAACGUCACUGCUGCCGACAAGAGCACAGGCAAAGAGAACAAGAUCACCAUUACCAACGAUAAGGGUCGUCUGAGCAAGGAGGAGAUUGACCGCAUGGUGAACGAUGCAGAGAAGUACAAGGCAGAAGAUGAACAGCAGAGAGACCGCAUCACCGGCAAGAACCAGCUGGAGAGCUACUCGUUCAACAUGAAAUCCACCGUUGAAGACGAGAACCUGAAGGACAAGAUCAGCGAGGAAGACAAGAAAACAAUCAUUGACAAGUGCAACGAGGUUAUCGCCUGGCUCGACAGCAACCAAUUGGCUGAUAAGGAAGAGUACGAACACAAACAGAAGGAGCUUGAGGCCGUGUGCAACCCAAUCGUCACGAAGCUUUACCAGGGUGGCGCCGCCCCUGGGGGUGCUGGUGGUAUGCCCCCCAACUUCGGAGCUGGAGCUGGUGGAGCUCCCGGUGCCGCCCCUGGUGGCGGUUCAGGUGGACCAACCAUCGAGGAGGUCGAUUAAUAUCAUCAUUACGCAACGCAAGAAACUACCAUCAUGCAAGAAAAAUAUGUACUGUUCUCUAGUCUACUGCAGUCUGUUGUCUGAACAAAAAAACUGAAAUUUUCCACUUAGUGCUAACUGCAUAGCCUUGUAAAUCUUCAUCAUGUGUGCUAAAAUCAUUGCAACUGUCAUAUUAUCAUCCCUUGGUUGCCUGGUAGAUCUUCAGUGGUAUGAUGAUCUGUUUCCAAGUCUCAAUCCAAUUAGAAUUUGUGGAGUAUGCAAGUAACCAAAUAUAGCUGCAUAAUUUCAAUCAUUUGAGCAACUGUAGUCACUGUUGUUGUUUCUACUUGACAAAUCAAUACUCUUUAACAUCAUGUGAUUGUGAAUAAAAAUUGAGCCAUA